CGUCUUGGUGAGUCAAAACACUUCUCUCCCUUCAGUGUUUCAAUUAUGGAAGAUAAAGCGUUCGCCGGUAUUCCUGAAAAUUUACGCAUCGGAGUCUGUUCUACAGUAGCGACUCUCUACUUAACUGCAUCGGUUUUCACCCUUACAUUCAAUGGCCUGUUGCUGUUUGUUAUUUACAGAGAUCCUCUUAAGUGUUUUAGGCGACCCUUUGCGGUUUUAAUCACAGGACUCGCAAUUACUGAUGCUACCGUUGGAGCUAUUGGCGACACCACCUCUGCAAAGAAUGAGUUUUACUGCAUUAAAAACCGGGACGGACACACUUCGUUUGACUACGUUAUAGAUUAUUUCAUCGAUAACUCCGCUACAGUCCUUGUGGUUGCUUUGUCUGUUGACAGACUUACUGCGGUUGCCUUUCCAUUUUUUUAUCGCUUCUCCAUAAAGAAUGUCCACUCUGUCAUAGUUGUCAUCUCAGUUUGGCUUUACUGUUUGGUUUUCAGUUUACUUCGGCUUUCUAACAUUCCGGAGGAGAUCUACGACUCCAUAGAUGUACAUCUUCACGUAACAUUUGCGCUCUCUACCACAGCAGUAAUAUACUGUGUAAUUUACUUUAUCAUCCCAAGAAGAAGAAAAUUAUUUCCGGGGGAAGAGAUUUCAGGACAGAAAGCCGAACAACAUCGCCGAAAUUUGCAACGUGAAAAUGAAUUUGCCUUCACAGCUUUUCUGAUUCUUUUAGUUUUGGUUCUGACACAGAUUCCAUACCUUGUUUUGACAGUAAUUGAGUCGAAUUGUGAAAGUUGCCUCGGGAGUCGGUGGUUUUUUGUGACGAAUAAGUUUUCAGAUUUCUUGUUGUGUGUGAGUUCCAUUGCGAACCCGUUCCUAUACGGAUGGAGAAUGAAACAAUUUCGGAAUUCAUUCCUGGCGAUUUUUUGCAGAUCUCGACUUCGUCAAACAGACAUGGAAAUAUCGAAAACUGCCACGCAGGAGAACGAAGGAACAAUGGAGUCUCAAACGUGAUGAAACCGAAAGGAUGAUUUCAGUUAGCUUACUCCUUAUUUCCGUUUUUUGUCAAGUGUUAUCCACUGACAUUCGGGCUUAGUUGUGUUGUGUUAAAAGAUAGCGAGCAUGAAGAUAUUGUAGUUUUUCGAAUUUUCUGAAGUGAUAGCAAAGACGAGCCUGUGGGGGUAGGGGGUGGGAGGGGGGCGCACAGAGGGCUUUUGGCCCCCCACCUUGUCACGAAAAAUUUGAUAACUCAUAAUGAUAAAACCCAGUUGUCAAUAAGACACCAUUAUAGGACCAAAUGAAUGAAGGGGAAGGUGGAGGGGUAAAUUUCUUAAGUACCUGUGGUGCUACAUCAGUGGGGUUAUAAAAAUAUAACAAUUUGGUUUUAUCAACUGAGUUGAUGUGUCCACCAUCCAGAGAUUCUAAAACUAUUGGAAGAUUUCCUGGGAAUAUAGCCCCCUGUUUUGUAAACUAAGGGUAAUAAUUCACUCUUAAUUCGAUAAAAUAACCAAGCGAGUGAUAAUUCACUCUUAAUUCAAUAAAAUAACCAGGCAAGUCCACUGACAAAUGACACUAAAAUACUCUAAGAGGUUCCCACUUUGUGAAGACAGAGAGAUAAUUUACAAUGGCUAAACAAUCCAAUAUAUUCCCAAAUAAUAGUACAGUAGUGUAGUGCUGGUGUAAAAGUCCCCCCAGAUGGAAAAUGAUCUUAUCAUA